UAUAUUGACUAAUCUCCAAAAUGGCGUCUCUGAUGGAUUCUAGAAAGAAGAUUGGUCUGGUGGGUUCUUUCGUCACCAUGAGUUUCGGAUUGACAGGAGUAAUCGGGAUGGCGGUGGACAAUGACAUAUCUGUUGCAGGAUUAUUUACAAAUGAGUCUUGUGCUCUCCAGUCUUCCUUUGGGUUGAUAGCCUGUGGUGCCAUUGUAGAAACGUUUCUUUUCUUCAUUCUGGCAAUGAAGAAAUGCUGUGGGCAAAAGAAGGCAGAUUGGUUCCAUAUAUCUGUUGUAGGCCAUUUUAUGGGAACCUUGGGAUUUCUGAUGGGAACAGUAGUGUAUGGCGCCUUAGUGACGUCACGGAUCUAUUGGUACUUCUGGUUCUGCGUCUUUGCUUGCAUCAUUUCCGCUGGCCUACUGAUGUUCUGGAUCGCGACACAGAUGUUCAGACGCUACUUAAAAGUCGCCUACCCAGACGACAUCAUGGUCAAUGAAUAGAAUGUUUAGAUAUAUAAUAUAUAUUUUCAACUUGGAACAUUAUUUUAUUAAUGUUUUGAUUGUGCUCUUAUCUUUUCUGUCAGAAUACAGCCAUAAUAAAAUCAAUACUAUAUUUACGU